GGACAUACUUUGGUGUUUGCCAAUUUGGUUGUGCAAGCACUAUUCAAGUAUACUCAUUUCCCUCAGAACUUGUUAGAGAUAAAAAAGAAAGUGUUCUUAAAAAUGCAAGCCCAUCAGCCACCUCCUCGACUCAAGAAUACUGCUGAUCCUAAUUUGCCAUGGCUUAUGGGUUUGAGAGCCCCAAAAGAGUAUGCAUGUCCCCUCUCAACCUCACCGUAUUAUCUUCCGCGCAAGAUGCGCGAAGAAGUCAAUUUAGAGGAGAUCUCAAUGGAUUUCGAUGAUUGGGUGUACAACUCCCCGAACAAAGACCUCUGGUCUUUUGCUUUCAUGAAGGACUGGAAAUUUGGAUUCUUGAGCUGUUUGGGCCGUGCAUUUUCUCUAUCUUCCUAUUAUAAGGAGGGCCUGCGUGCCAUUUUUGGGCAUGUAUAUACAGAAACCGUUGUUGGUGGAAGAUAUCGCCCAAAGUUGGGAACACUUAUACGGCAAUGUAAUGGUGUGAUCUCAAUAGAUACAUCAAACUCAUCCACUGAGCCUGUCAAUUCCAGUAACAUACUGGAGACCAUCGACACACUUGUUAUGCUGGUCAAACAUGUCAUCGACUUCGUGCCCCUCGAUAAACCUAGUGCGUACCCGGACGAGGUCACAAGAUUUUUCGAGUUAUGUAGAUUACCUCGAUGCAAGUCUGAUCUUGAAAUCCAAAGCCAACAAAUCAAUGCUACUUCCGCUCAGGUGCAGGCCACCAACGAGGGAGCCAGCAUCCCUGUGGCUGCUACCAUACCGGUCAUUUCAGCCCCGGUGUUGCCUUUGGGUCUGAGCUCUAUCCCGACGGCCAGCGUAAUCAGUCCCUUCGCGACCCCCGUCCCUUCCGCUGGACCGAGGGUUACGUUCCCACCAAGCAUGGCUCAGUUCAUGAAUGACCCAGCCAACCUACAAGCCAUCCAGGGCUUUGGCGCGGGAACCAUGCCCCUACAAUCUCCGAUGGCGGUGACGUCGUUCCAGACGCCGAUGCCGCAGCCAUCACCUUUCCAGUCCGAGCUGGUCAGCACCAUGGCCCCUGUAAACUUGACCGGCGCACUUAACGCCGCAGGGCCGUCGCGUCCCCCGCAAGCUACGAAUCCGCAGAUCACUCCUGAUGGUCAUUGCGUCUCAAUUGAGAGUGAUGACGGCGAGUGGGACAUUCCGAGGGCCCACAAGAAGAAGAAAGGAAAAAACAUCCGGCCAGCGGCCUCCCGAAACUCCGCCUUCGAAAGGCUGGGGGAUAGGGAGGAAGGCCAGAGGAAGUCAGCCAAGCAAAGGCUGGGGCAGAGCGUUGCCCAUGAGCCAGCGAGGACAAGGGCCUCCCACCAGGAAGAGGAGGCAGAAAGCCAGCCCAGGUUACCGGUGGCGAACCGGUUAACCAUCCCAAACGACUGCGUCCAGCAGAUGGAGGCAAAGCUGGAAAGGCUGGAAAAGAAGGUCGGUGAGAAGAAUGACCGGGACAAACCCCUGGCAGGGUCCCCGUUCACCACAAGGGUCCAUCUGACACCUUUCCCGCGAAAGGUCAAGAUCGACGCCCCCAGAUUCACCGGGAAGGAAGAUCCGGAAAUCCAUCUGGACUCCUUCAACCAGAGUGCGACCAUGAACGGUUGCACCGAUGAAGAAAAGUGCCUUCUUUUCUUCCAGACCUUGCGGAACCGAGCCACUGAAUGGGUCCAUCUGACACCUUUCCCGCGAAAGGUCAAGAUCGACGCCCCCAGAUUCACCGGGAAGGAAGAUCCGGAAAUCCAUCUGGACUCCUUCAACCAGAGUGCGACCAUGAACGGUUGCACCGAUGAAGAAAAGUGCCUUCUUUUCUUCCAGACCUUGCGGAACCGAGCCACUGAAUGGUUCAAUAAGCUUCGCCCGGGAAGCAUUGACUCGUUCAAUGAUUUGGCCUCAAAAUUCAAGGCCAAGUUCCAGGAGAAUUGUACUAAGAGGAAGAAGUUCACCUAUCUUAGUACAGCCGGGCAGAGGGAGUCUGAGAACCUUACUCAGUUCCUUACCCGAUGGAAGGAAGAGGUGGACAAGGUGGAAGAGAUGGAUGACAAGACUGUCCUCUCCCUCCUCUUGAAUGGCUUGCGUGCUGGGGAACUAUACAAGGAGUUCUGCCGGAGACCCCCAGCCACGUAUCAAGAGGCCUACCACACUGCAUGGGAGUUUGCUGAGGCUGAAACCCAGCUCCGGGCAAAGAGAGAAGCUGAGCAUGGCCACAAGCCCAAGCCGGUGCAAGUCAAGAAGGAAGAAGCACCGGGACCUAGCCGGCCAAGGCACCACUAUGACCCGGUCAUCCGAGUAGUCAAUACGGAAGAAUGCCAAGAAGUCCGGAAAGCACCGGACAUUCCUCCAGAAAACCCUACCGGUCAAGUAGGGCAGCAGUGGUCGGGCACCUAUUGUUCGUACCACAGGUCAGAUUCCCAUAACACCUCCGAAUGCAAAAGUGUUAAGGGAGUAAUCCGGCAGAUGAUAGACAAUGGAGAGCUGGGCAAGGAUUACUUGCAGAAAGCCCAAGAGAAGAGUCAUCAAUGGGUUAGGCCAACUGCCCCGGGAGAUGACCGGGACAACGACCGGCGGAGGAAUAACCGGCCAAGGGAGCGGCAACCUGCUCCCGGAAAAGAGCACAUCGGCAUGAUCUUCGGCAGACCCAAGGGUGGAGAUUCAGCCGCGCAGCGGAAGAACUGGGUCUGGAGCAUUUACGUUGGAGAGGUAAGUGCUGAACCACCCAGGCGUAAACAUACUAGGAGGGAGCCUAUCGUCUUUACUGACCGGGAUCUCCCUCCAACCGGUGAAUAUCACAAUGAUCCAUUGGUCAUCACCAGGGACAUUAAUGGGGUGGAUGUCGCCCGGGUACUUGUUGCCACCGGCAGCAGUGUCAACAUCUUAUACCUGGAGACCUUCCAAAAACUCAGGUUGUGUCGAACACAACUUGAACCCCUCAAAACCCCUCUCUCAGGCUUCACGGGGGACACCGUUGAAGCUGAAGGAUCCAUAGUUCUACCGGUCAAACUAGGAUCAGGUGAAAAGACCGUGUGGAAGAAGAUGCGGUUCAUAGUUGUGGACAUAAAAUGCGUCCACAACGCGAUUCUUGGAAGGCCGGGCAUCAAUAGAGUCGAGGCGGUGAUUUCCAUGCCUCAUCUAUGCAUGAAGUUCCACACUCCAGGUGGUGUGGGUGAGGUGAAGGGUGACCAGAGGAACGCCCGGGAGUGCUAUGCCCGGGCAGUCAAGAAAAUGACCAAGGGGGUCAAUGUCAUCUCCCAAGAGAUCACAAAGGGAGAGACCCGAGAGAAAUUGGAGCCCGAGGCCGAGACGGUGGAAAUCGAACUUCACCCGGGUGAUUCUUCGAGGAUGGUCAGAAUUGGAGCAAAUCUCCCCGAGGAUCUCAAGGUAGAGAUUACACGGGUCCUCCAAGAAUACGCGGGCAUAUUUGCAUGGAGCGUGGCGGAUAUGCCCGGAAUAGAUCGCUCUGUUAUCUGCCACCGGUUGGCCGUGAGGGAAGGAAGUCGACCGGUACAACAGAAGAAGCGGUACCUGGCCAGUGACCGGCGAGAGUUCGUCAAGAAGGAAGUGAAGGACCUCCUCAGUGUUGACUUACCGGUCAACAAGCCCGCUGAGCAAUGGUGGGAGAUGACAGUUGAUGGGGCAUCCGGUCCUAGAGGAUACGGGGGUGGUAUCGUGUUCACCACCCCAGAAGGGUUCAAGAUCUACCAUGCAAUCGUCUUCAACUUCAAGGUGACAAACAAUGAGGCAGAGUAUGAAGCUUUGGCUGGAGGGCUCAGACUUGCCCAGGCCCUGAAAAUCAGCCGGGUCAGUAUCAAAUCUGACUCUAGCCUGAUAGUUGGGCAGGUGACCGGUAACAUGGAAGCAAGGGAAGGACGCAUGGCACAAUACAAGGACCUUGUACUUGCCCUGUUGAAAGGCUUCGAAGAGUUCAAGAUCGCCCAGAUUCCCCGGGCGGAAAACGCGGAUGCAGACCUUCUCUCCAAAUUGACGCAGUAUGCUCCCGAGCAUGUUUCAAAACUUGCCCGGGUAGAGAUCCUUGACCGUGCAAGCAUCGAAAAAUUGGAAGUAGCCGCUAUAGCGGCCGGAAGCCAAUCUGACCGGUCAAACUUGGUCGGGGCGGACGACCAUUGGAUGUAUGAUCUGAUGGAAUAUUUGAUGGAUGGGAGCUUGCCAGAACAAGAUGACCGGGCAAGAAAAGGGAAGCUCAGGGCACCCCGAUUCCAAGUUCUUGAUGGAAAGCUGUAUAAAAGGGCAUUUGGGGGGCCACUCCUGAGAUGUCCAACCAACCGGGAGGCUGAGCGAGUCAUAGCGGAGGUCCACGAAGGCGUAUGCGCGGCGCAUCAAAUGUCCCGUACGCUUUCCCAGCGCAUCAUCUUGUUGGGGUAUUACUGGCCAACAAUUGUCCAGGAUUGUGAAAGGCUGCCCAUCGAAGCUGAAUUUCCAACGUUCCGGGAAUCAAGUUAUCAACCCCAGCAGAAUGAGGAAGAUCAGUUAGCCGAACUCAACUUGGUCGAAGAGCGGAAAAUGGCCGCGGAAGUUAAAAUGAGUACAUACCAACAAGUUGUGAAGAAGUACCAUGACAACAAGGUUGGGCCGCGGUACUUCCAAGUUGGGGAUGAAGUCCUACGAAGAAGAGAAGCAAGUAGACCCGCGAUGGAGGAAAGCUGGCAAAAAACUGGGAAGGCCCAUACAGGGUUAGAGCCAUCAUUCGACUGGGAACGUAUCGAUUAGAAACUUUAGAUGGUGUACCGGUAGAAAGAACUUGGAAUUCCCACCAUCUUCGCAAGUUCUACAAAUGAUUGUAAUAUUAGGCGAGGCCUAACUACAUUAUCAAUCAAAGUGAUGUUCAAUA